AUGAUCUUUUCCUCGUUUUCUCUGAUAUUCUCUCACGCGAGAAUCAUCACCACGAUCCUGAACGAUGCUGGCGUGACGACCAGUCUAAACACGGAAUUCCUUGCACAAUCUGGAUCGCUCGCGAAAGAUUCGCGAUCAAAACACACGAACAAUGCGAAGAAUAAAACCGACGGUGAACCGAAGCCGACAACGACGACGACAGUUCGAAUUAGACUGAGCCGGCCGGGCUGGGAAAAGCGUCGGGCAACCCCCGCAGCAUGGAUGCAUACGUUGUGCAUUACGAAAUAUUUUAUAAUUUUUUUAUCGCUUGAACUUUCAAUUAUUUUGGUUAUGGAUAUUUUCUUUCUGGUUUACACGGUGUACGUCUAUUGGGGUGAACUCAUGCUGACGAUGGAGGCAUUUUCGAUCACUGGGAUUGGGGUGCAGGGGAUCUUCAAGAUGCGCAGUGGGUUCAAGUACUUUGACUUUUUCAACCAACGGUAUCGACUGCUGAAGGCACUUCAUGCAAGAAAUAGUUGCCACCAGGAGAAUAAUCGGGCGCUGGUGUUUUGCUGUCUGCUAAUUGGGGUGAUCUUCAAGGUGUUCUUCAUCGCUUAUUUGAUUUCGGGGACUGGAUUUCUGCUGAUUCCGAUGUACAUGUACGUGAUGCACAACGAAAAGCUGAUGGUCCUUAAGGUGAACGUCCCCGGAUUCGACCCGACGAAUCAGGUGGGAUUUUUGGUUACCACGGGAUAUCAUACGUUGUUGAUCUUCAUGGCUAUUGCUGGGAUUCUGGCGUCGGAUUUGGGCAUCAUGUUGAUCGUGCUGCACAUCGUUGGGAUCGCCGAUGUGUUCAAGAACGGGUUGAAAGAGUUGGAUGAACUACUGACGGAUGAGGAUCGCACUGACGAGGAAGUGCACGAGAAAGUGCUGGAGAUUUGCAUUAUGCACCGGGAGUUGAUCGUGUACGAAGAGGAGCUCGACUCUUGCUAUGCUACGAUAGUGUUUGUUCAAGUUAUCACAUCGAAUGAGGAAAUUCUGCUGGCCCUGUACGACGUCCGCUGGAACGCGCUGUCCAACCAGCAGAGAAAAAUGUGGCAAUUUUUGCUGCAUCGGUCGCAAAAUGCCGUCGAAAUGACUAUCGGUGGGGUGGCACUGCUCAAUAUGGAGACGUUUGUUGAGUUUCAGGUGCCUAUUUAG